UUGAGGCCAACUUGCUCAUUCAACAAGCUGUUCGGAAGCAGACAGACAUUUAUAUCAACAUCAAGUCCUUCUGCCAAAUUUAUAUGUGGAACGUCGUCCCGAAUGGUCUGCUUCUUUCAUCUGGAAGCACAGUUGAUUCCGAAAGUACCCUCUCAAUUCUCAACGGGUAUGAUGACGAAGGAAACAUGACAUCAUCAUCCGUCUUCAGCCGAAUCCAGCCCAAUCGAUCUGGAUCAAAUCGAUUCUGACAUCCCUCCAUCCCCGUUCGCACUGUCUCCAUCGGGUCUCACGACACCACCACCAGCACCACCAGCACUUGUACUCUUGACACUCAGUCCCUCCGUCCCUCCUUCCUCCCUCUUCCUGCUCUCCGCUCCGCCGGUACCAGUACUACCACACAAACACCACCGAACACACUAGGACAAUGCCCCCUUCGCGCCGCGGCAGUGGCAGCAUCGUGCUGCCCUCGGGACAGACGAUGGCGAUGCAUACGAGGACGCAGGAUGAGGAGGGGUUGGUCCAUGCCACGAAGAAGACGAUGGCAGACCACCUGCGGAAGUACGAGAGUCUGUUCACACUGACGCCGCAGCGGAUGCGGAUGAUUGUCGAGGCGUUCCGAGAGACGCUUGAGGCGGGCCUAGAGAAGAAGGGGCAGAUCGUGCCCAUGAUACCCACGUACGUGUUUGGAUGGCCGACGGGCGAAGAGAAGGGCGACUUUCUGGCCCUCGACCUCGGCGGUACGAACCUGCGUGUGUGCCUCGUCACCCUGCAGGGCUCCGGCAAAUUCGAGAUCACGCAGAGCAAGUACCGGCUGACGGAGGAGCAGAAGCAGGACGAGGGCCAGAAGUUGUUCGAUUUCUGCGCCGAGUGCCUGAAGACUUUCCUCGAGGCUGACGGGGGCGUGCAGAUUCCCGAGGGCGGCAAGCUUAGUUUGGGCUUCACAUUCUCCUACCCGUGCACCCAGGAGAGGAUCGACCACGGAGAGCUGAUCCGCUGGACCAAGGGCUUCGGCGCGCCGAAUACCGAGGGACACGAUGUUGCAGAGAUGUUCAGGAAGUCGCUGGAGAAGUAUGAGUUGCCGAUUGAGCUGACGGCGUUGAUCAACGACACCACUGGCACACUCAUCGCGUCCCGAUAUGUCGACCCCAAGACUAAGAUUGCGGUCAUCUUCGGCACGGGGUGCAAUGCGGCAUACAUGGAGACAGUGGGCGACGUGCCCAAGAUCGGUGGGCUGGGAAUCGAGGCGGAGGCGCAGAUGGCGAUCAACUGUGAAUGGGGUGCGUUUGACUCGUUUGAGCAUGAACAUCUUCCUCGCACGAAAUUCGACGCAAUCGUCGACGACACGUCCAACAAACCGGGCGAGCAGGCGUUCGAAAAACUCAUCUCCGGCCGGUACCUCGGCGAGAUCAUGCGUCUGGUUCUCUGCGAGCUGAUCGACGAGGGAAUCCUUUUCCUUGGUCAAAACACGUACAAGCUCGAGGCGCCCUACGUGCUGGACACAGCAUUCCUCUCCCUGAUGGAGAUGGACCCGACCGACGAGCUGCUGAUGGUCAUCGGCAUCUUCUCGCAUUUCUUCGCGCUCGAGACCACGCUCGCCGAGCGGCAGUUUUUCCGCGCUCUCGCGAAGCUCAUCGGACGCCGUGCGGCCAGACUGUCUGCGUGUGGAAUUGCUGCGAUCGUGACAAAGAUGGGAUACCUCGAGGGCGACUUGGAGAAUGGGGAGAAAUGUGUCGUUGGGGCGGAUGGCUCGUUGUAUAACAAAUACCCUGGCUUCGCAGACCGUGUACACGAAGGCUUGCAAGAUGUCUUCGGCGACAAAGGCCGCAAUAUUGUCACGCAACACGCUGAAGAUGGCAGCGGUGUUGGCAGUGCGAUUAUCGCAGCGAUGACCAAGGCCAGAAGGGAGAAGGGGCUGUAUCCGAAUGUCUGAAGCAAAUCCAACUGCUGUGUUUGUCGUGUUUUCAAAUAGAGUAAUCACUAUACUUGAUUGUCGUGUUAAAUCAGGGAGUUCUGACAACGAGACAGUGAAUUGACUCAACUGCCCCGUGGCCCAGCUGGUUAAUGCGUUUGACUGUUAUGGUUCUGGAGUGAAAUUUUUUCAUGAGAAGAUCGAGAGUUCAAGUCUCUCCGGAGCAGCGUUCCAAGGAUAAUCACCCACUAUGGCAGAUUCAUCCAUGAAAGCGAGACAAAGCGUUAGGGACUUUCCUGCUACCAUGCCUGAUUCAUCGUCAAAGUCGUUUUAUCUCAAUGACCAAGUGCACGAAUAUCGGCGCACUCCUUGUAUCGUACUUCAAUGCAUGAACCAUAC